CGGAGCGCCUCUGAAGUCGCGCUGCCGAUCUUUAACAGUUACUUUCCAGCCUGGACCUUGAAGCUGAACUUGCUGCAGUCUGUGGUUUGCUAAACUGCUAACGAUGAGCUACGCACCAGAGGAGCACAACUACUCGAGAGAUCAUCUGGAAGACGCCCCGCUUCCACCUGAUCCUGCCCUGGAGUUCUGGAUCUUGAUCGCGGAUCAGGUUGAUUUCCCUUUCUAUAUGAACGUAGGGCUGUUCUCAGAUGAUGUAGAGGAGGAUUUUACUGUUGAUGUGGAGUCUGAUGAUGAGUUUAGGGUCGUAGAUGUGGUGAUUAAUGACGAGGAAGAGAUAGAGGGUUCUGAUGAUGAGGAGGAUGAUAAUGAGGCAGAGGUCCCAGAAGGGGUGGUAAUUGAGGAGCAGGAGCUAGAGGAUUAUGAUGAUGAGGAGGAUGAUAAUGAGGCAGAGGUCUUAGAAGGGGUGGUAAAUGAGGAGCAGGAGCUAGAGGAUUAUGAUGAUGAGGAGGAUGAUAAUGAGGCAGAGGUCCCAGAAGGGGUGGUAAAUGAGGAGCAGGAGCUAGAGGAUUAUGAUGAUGAGGAGGAUGAUAAUGGGGCAGAGGUCCCAGAAAGGUUGGUAAAUGAGGAGCAAGAGCUAGAGGAUUAUGAUGAUGAGGAGGAGGAUGAUAAUGAGACAGAGGUCCCAGAAGGGAUGGUAAAUGAGGAGCAGGAGCUAGAGGAUUAUGAUGAUGAGCAGGAUGAUAAUGAGGCAGAGGUCCCAGAAGGGAUGAGGUCCCAGAAGGGGUGGUUAAUGAAGAACAGGAGAUAG